AUGCGUACUGCAGGGAACCAUGCUGGUAACCCAGCACGGAAGAAGGCUAAAGUGUCUGCCGCUGGACUUAUCACUGGAGCUGCUGCUGGAGCUGCCGCUGCAGCCGAUCUUUCAUCUGGGCUUUCAUCCGCACGUUCAUCUGUGGAGGACCCUGAGGCUGAUGAGCCCGGUACUGCUGCACCAGCCCCUGCACCCGCCGCUGCAAUCGUGGUAGGAGAAAAUGUCACCGCUGGAGGAAGUAAAUAUUGGAUUUUCACUUCUAUGCGGGAUGUCCCCGUGGGUGUUCUGAAUAAGCAAGUUGCUUCGUGUUAUAUAGAGUUCUUGAUGGUAGAUGGAGGGGAAGUGGCAGAGGGAGAGAAACCGCCUAAAUUCAACCACUCCAUUAUGCGGCUGAACUAUAUACACCCACAGGCCCAGGAUAAAGCUCAUGCACCCGCGGGUACUCGGGGCGUUGUCAUUGAUUGGGCUAUCCAUAAUGGGACUGAUGGUACUACAGUUCCAUCCCAUGUGCAAAUUAAAAACUUCAGCUAUGCCCCUCCCCAUAGCCGGGCUAGUUAUGAACAGGCAAUUCCAGUUAUGAUAGGGAGAGGACGUAGCUACCGUCAUAAAACAGUCGGUGAUUUUCUUCGCGUUCUUGCGCAAUCUAGCAUCCUUCCGUGUGCCUUCACUAAUUACGAGAACGGUACUGCUGCGGUCGGAUGUAGGGAUAUUAUGUCCCAGUGGCUAUGCCAUCUUAACACAGCGAACGUCGUCAAGAUAGCCAUUGGAGGUGAGACCUUAGACUAUGAUUUCUUUAACUAUAUCCAUAUUAAAGAUGAUGCAACGAUAAUUUACCCCAAGGAGGUUAAUCGCGCUCAGUUCACCGAAGACUAUGUGCGUGUGCCUAUCCCUGAAAUGGAUUACACGGCUGAUGAUAUUAUUGUAUACAACCCGCUCACUUUUGUACCGGACCACGAUUGGGAUGACCAAUAUGACGCGAUGGUGCCUGCUCUUCCCGAAGAAUAA